AGGAUGAGGGUGAAGGUGCUGAGCCGUAACCCCGAUGAUUAUGUACGGGACAAGCUGGAUCUACAGCGCGUUCCAAGAAACUAUGACCCUGCACUGCAUCCAUUUGAGGUUGCACGUGAGUACACCAGAGCUCUGAAUGCAACAAAGCUGGAGCGGGUGUUUGCAAAGCCUUUUCUAAGCUCACUUGAUGGCCACAGAGAUGGAGUUAAUUGCAUGGCCAAACACCCAAAGAGUUUGUCUACAGUGCUGUCUGGAGCAUGCGAUGGGGAGAUUAGAAUUUGGAACUUGACCAAACGACAGUGUAUUCGUGCUUUACAAGCCCACGAAGGCUUUGUUCGAGGCAUGUGUGCUCGUUUCUGUGGUACUUCAUUCUUUACUGUUGGUGAUGAUAAAACUAUAAAGCAGUGGAAAAUGGAGGGCCCGGCAUAUGGAGAAGAAGAAGAACCUAUUCAUACAAUUCUUGGAAAGACGGUGUAUACAGGAAUUGAUCACCACUGGAAGGAUGCUGUUUUUGCCACCUGUGGCCAGCAAGUGGACAUCUGGGACGAACAAAGGACCAGUCCCAUGUGUUCUCUGACAUGGGGUUUUGAUAGCAUAAGCAGUGUAAAAUUUAAUCCGAUUGAGACAUACCUUUUGGGCAGCUGUGCUUCUGACAGAAAUAUUGUGCUGUACGAUAUGAGACAAUCAACUCCAUUAAAGAAGGUUAUCUUGAGCAUGAGGACAAAUACACUGUGUUGGAACCCCAUGGAAGCUUUCAUUUUUACUGCAGCAAAUGAAGAUUACAACUUAUAUACUUUUGAUAUGCGUUUCCUUACAUCACCUGUGAUGGUGCAUAUGGAUCACGUGUCUGCUGUUCUUGAUGUGGAUUAUUCACCCACUGGGAAAGAAUUUGUUUCUGCCAGCUUCGAUAAGUCUGUCCGCAUUUUUCCUGCAGACAAAGGUCACAGCAGAGAGGUAUAUCAUACAAAGCGAAUGCAGCACGUCAUCACUGUAAAAUGGACUUCAGAUAACAAAUAUAUUCUGUGCGGCUCAGAUGAGAUGAAUAUUCGUCUGUGGAAGGCCAAUGCUUCUGAAAAACUGGGAGUGCUUGCACCACGGGAGAAGGCAGCUAUGAAUUACAAUCAGAAGUUGAAGGAGAAGUUCCAGCAUCACCCACAGAUCAAACGCAUCGCUCGGCACCGUCACCUGCCUAAGAGUAUCUAUUGCCAAAUCAAAGAACAGCGUAUCAUGAGAGAAGCUCGUCGUCGGAAGGAGUUGAACCGUCGUAAGCACAGCAAACCAGGAUCUGUGCCAGUGGUGUCAGAGAAGAAGAAGCAUGUUGUGGCAGUAGUGCAAUAGUUGUUUUCAUAUGUACAGAAUGUUACAAUGAAAGAAAAUAUCGCUAUUGAAUGAAUCCACUAUACAAAAUUUUAAGGGCAUGGGUAAGACAAGUCUAUGGGCUCCAAAGAUGUUGCUUUUCUUUCAAGCAUAAACUUGUUCCGAUUUGUCAAGUCAUUGCCUGCUUUGGCUGGUUGUAAGAAUUGGCCCUGGAAUCAUUUAUUACCAGUCUGAUGUUACUGCCCAAACUCUGUAUUUCAGUGGAGCUUCUGAUAUAAGCUGAUAUCCUACACCAGCGGUCAAGCUAUUAGUAGUCCAAGUCCUACCUUCUGAUAUCAUUACUGCAAAAGAAGAGUGAAAUUGAUAUGGAUUUUUGAGAGGCAAAUAACUAUUCCUUAUAUUAGAACCAUAAAACCAGUUGACUUUAGGCAGAUUUUUAACAGAAACCUAGUAAAAUAAACAAGUGACUUUAAUUCAAUGGAGUCGAUCUUGAUUAUUCCAACUGGUAAAUGUUCUGCUUCGUAUUUGCUGCAGCACAAUAUAUUGUUUCCCUUUUACAUGAAAGGACCUCUCUAAAAACAGGUGAUGUUUUGUUCUGCCCUUAACUAUUGUUAUAUGACUUGACAUAACUUCAAAGACUGCUGAAGUUACUAAUGUUAACAAGAGCAUAGUUGAAUAAAUCUUUUUUACCUUGAUUAAAACUUAAUUUAAGUCUCAUAUUUGAAGUUUAUAUUUAAAUAAAUAAAAGCUUUACAUUCCUCAA